CAAUCCAUGGACGCCCUGCACUACUUUCAGGCUAACAUGGCUUGCCGCCAUAACAUCUCAUUAUCAUCAUCAUCUUCUUCUUCUUCUCUUUCGACCCCAAAAUUCCUCUCUGCUUUCAGUCCCAUCAACCUCUCCAAACAUGUUAAUGGUAGCAGAAAAGAAAUGCGUGGAAUUGUAAGACCAGAAAUGCUCGGCCAGUUAAAGACUGGCCUAGAAUCAGCUCUGAACAAGCUCAAAAAGCAAGAGACUUUUCCAGAUUUUAGGAGGUCCUCGUGGGAAGCUGAUGUCUUAAGUCCUCAAUCUGUUGGAGAAAGAGGGGUGUUAAUUGAAAGAAGAAAUAUAGUUAUAUUAAUGGGUGGCAUAAUAACUGGAGCCCUCUGGAAUGCUUCCAAGGAGGAUGGAAUUGCUGCUGCAGCCCAAUUUGCCGACAUGCCAGCAAUAAGAGGGAAGGACUAUGGGAAGACGAAAAUGCGGUAUCCGGACUACACAGAAACGGAAUCAGGUCUUCAGUAUAAGGACUUGCGACUUGGAGAUGGCCCUGGUCCUAAGAGGGGCGACACUGUUGUGGUUGAUUGGGAUGGUUAUACUAUAGGAUACUAUGGCCGUAUAUUUGAAGCUCGGAAUAAGACCAAGGGCGGUUCAUUUGAGGGUGAUGACAAGGACUUUUUCAAAUUUAGAGUAGGAUCUCAAGAGGUAAUACCAGCAUUUGAAGAGGCUGUUUCAAGCAUGGCUCUUGGUGGCAUUAGAAGGAUUAUAGUGCCCCCGGAAUUAGGAUACCCUGAGAACGACUUCAACAAGAGUGGACCAAGACCAACCACAUUUUCGGGCCAGAGAGCCUUGGAUUUUGUUUUGAAGAACCAAGGGCUGAUAGAUAAGACUCUUUUGUUUGAUAUUGAGCUACUUAAGAUCAUACCAAACUGAUCUUCGACCAAAAUUCAACUUAGCUCAUCAAGUACAACUUCCUGCAUUUAGAGAGUGCUGAGAUUUUGAUGCAUUGAUUUGAGGAAGCUGGUUUGAUAAAUUUCCAUCCAUCUCGAGGAAUGACAGUUUUAUCUUUCUGGAGCUCGAGAGUUUUCCUUAUUUUUGUUCCGUUUUUGUCGAUACAAUAUCUAAAUCUUGGUGUUUUUAUUUUAUUUUUUUGUUGCUCCAAUUACUUGUGUAAAUCUUAUCUGGUUAAAUUGGAUUGUAAUGGAUAUAGUACUUUUU